AUGUCUGACGAUGAUGAUUUCAUGCAAGAUUCGGGUGACGAGGAGUACGACUUCGAGUACGAGGAUGCAGAUGAUGACGAAUCGGGAGACGUCGGUAUCGAGAACAAAUACUAUAAUGCCAAACAGAUGAAGAUAGACAACCCGGAGGAGGCCAUCGAUGAAUUUCUGGGUGUUCCGGAUCUAGAACAAGACAAGGGCGACUGGGGGUUCAAAGGACUGAAGCAGGCUAUCAAGUUGGAAUUCAAACUUGGGAGAUAUAGCGAUGCCGUUGAACACUACAGAGAGCUUCUCACUUACGUCAAGUCGGCCGUCACUCGUAAUUACUCCGAAAAGUCCAUCAACAACAUGCUAGAUUAUAUCGAGAAGGGAUCGGACGAUGACACAGCUUACCAGUGCAUGGAGGAAUUCUAUUCUCUGACUUUGCGCUCAUUCCAAAAUACCAACAACGAGCGACUAUGGUUGAAGACAAACAUCAAGUUGGCGCGUCUUUGGCUGGAACGGAAAGAGUACGGCCAGUUAAGCAAGAAGGUGCGGGAGCUGCACCGGGCAUGCCAGCGGGAAGAUGGAACCGACGAUCCCAGCAAAGGGACAUAUCUUCUCGAACUAUACGCCCUAGAGAUACAGAUGUAUGCCGAGACGAAAAACAACAAGCGACUAAAAGCACUCUACCAGCGUGCCCUUCGAGUCCGGUCGGCGGUGCCGCACCCCAAGAUCAUGGGUAUCAUCCGAGAAUGCGGAGGAAAGAUGCACAUGAGUGAGGAGAAUUGGGAGGAAGCGCAGAGCGACUUCUUCGAGUCAUUCCGAAACUACGAUGAGGCGGGCUCAAUACAGCGAAUCCAGGUGCUCAAGUAUCUCGUGUUGACCACGAUGCUGAUGAAAUCGGAUAUCAACCCAUUUUAUUCCCAAGAGACCAAGCCGUACAAGAACGACCCCCGCAUAUCCGCUAUGACCGAUCUAGUCGAUGCAUUCCAACGCGACGACAUCCACGCAUACGAAGCUAUCCUUAGCAAAAACCCGGACGUACUGGCCGAUCCCUUCAUCGCCGAGAAUAUCGACGAGGUCAGCCGAAAUAUGCGGACGAAGGCUGUUCUCAAAUUGAUCGCACCGUACACACGAUUCACCCUCAAGUUCAUCUCGAAGCACAUCCGGGUCUCGGUACCCGAGGUACAAGACAUCCUGAGCUUCCUGAUCCUGGACAAGAAGCUCAAUGCCAAGAUCGACCAGGAAAACGGGAUUGUGGAGGUUGAAAGCGCUAGCGACGUGGACCGGCUGCGGGCACUUCAGGAGUGGAACGCAUCAUUGCGGUCUCUCUGGCAAGCGACCUUGAACGACGGGGAUGGAUUCAGGGAAGAUCCUGCACAGCUGCACGGUAUGAGAGGAGGAGGGCCCAUGUUCCAACCCGGGUUUGGAGAUGAACCGCCUGCAGGGUUACGCGCUGGUGGUCGCCGACUGCGGGGUGGACACCGAGGCAGAGGCGGCGGCGGAGGGUCUGGAACGAAGCUGGGCCUGGGAGGCGUCUAG